CAACACUGAUAUUCAGUCAAUUUGUUCCAGCCGGCUGUGGGAUUAUCGGCUUGUUUAGCCACCCUCGGUGUACAGCACUGACAGGAGUCAGGAUGUCCCGAUCGGAAGAAGUGAACCGGCUCACCGAAAAUGUCUACAAGACAAUUAUGGAACAAUUUAACCCCUGCCUUAGGAACUUCAUUGCCAUGGGGAAGAAUUAUGAGAAGGCUUUGGCAAGUGUAACAUUUGCAGCAAAAGGCUACUUUGAUGCCCUGGUAAAAAUGGGAGAAUUGGCCAGUGAAAGCCAAGGCUCAAAAGAACUUGGGGAUGUUGUCUUUCAGAUGGCAGAAGUUCAUAGACAGAUCCAAAAUCAGUUAGAAGAGAUGCUGAAAUCGUUGCACAACGAACUGCUCACGCAACUUGAACAGAAGGUGGAGCUGGAUUCCAGGUAUCUAAAUGCUGCACUGAAAAAAUACCAGGUUGAACAUAAAAACAAAGGAGAAGCCCUGGAGAAAUGCCAGACAGAGCUGAAGAAACUGAGAAAAAAGAGCCAGGGGAGCAAAAACCCCCAAAAGUAUUCAGACAAAGAAAUGCAGUGUAUUGAAGCAAUUAGCAACAAGCAGGGUGAGCUGGAAAGCCAUAUCUCCGAUGGGUACAAAACAGCACUGACCGAAGAGAGGAGGAGGUACUGCUUCCUUGUCGAGAAACAGUGUGCAGUGGCAAAGAACUCAGCCACCUACUACAGCAAGGGUAAAGACCUUCUCGCUCAGAAGAUUCCAUCUUGGCAGCAGGCCUGUGCCGACCCAAGCAAAGUCCCAGACAGAGCCUUGCAGUUUAUGCAGCAGAUGGCUACAAACACCAAUGGCACCAUUUUGUCUGGUCCCCUCUCUGGACCACUAACAUCUUCAAAGUCUAGUCUGUCCAUAUCAGAUCCUAUACCUGGUGCCAAGCCUCUGCCUGUUCCUCCUGAGCUAGCGCCUUUUGUAGGAAGGAUGUCUGCACAGGAAGGAGCUCCUAUCAUGAAUGGAAUCUCUGGUCCACACAGCAACAGUUAUAACCACUGGGGGGAAAUGAAGCCAGUCCUACCCAAAGCCUCACCCUCCCAACCACACAAGCAGAUCAGUGAUUCCUACUCCAAUACCCUUCCCGCCCGCAAGAGUGUUCCUCCUAAAAACAGCUACACAGUUGCUGAGAAUAAGACGUUGCCCCGUUCCAGCUCCAUGGCAGCUGGUCUUGAAAGGAAUGGAAGGAUGCGGGUUCAGGCAAUCUUCUCUCACACUGCUGGUGACAACACCACCUUGUUAACCUUCAAAAAUGGCGACUACAUCACCUUACUUGUUCCUGAGGCCAGAGAUGGGUGGCACUAUGGAGAAUGCGAGAAGACCAAAUUGAGAGGAUGGUUCCCAUUUUCCUACACUCGAGUGUUAGAUACUGGUACUGAUCGGACACAAACAAGCUUACAUCCUGGGAAGAGUAGCAGCACUGGGAACCUGCUGGACAAAGAUGACCUUUCCAUACCUCCUCCAGAUUACAACAUGGCUUCUAGGGGAUUCCAACCACAACCUGUGAGCACAUUCAAACCCAGACCUUACAGUGUGGCUGCACCGAUUUUCUCACAGGGUUACAUGAUGCCUUAUGGGUAUCCGCUACACAAGAGUGCCAGCGUUCUGUAUCCACAUUCAGCAGGACUGUACAAACCUCGCAAAAGGUCUUCAUCAGGUAUAGAAGAUUAUGGAGCAGCACGUUCCACAAACAGUCUGGAAGCUGAAGUGGCGAGGUUUUGAGAGGUGCCUCCAGUUAAAACCCUUUUACUGAAGUCCAACUGAAACCAACAGUGACAAAUGACAGAUCAGCUCCACUUGUGAAGUGACACAUCAGGCCUUUAUUUCUCCCCUUUGAUUUCACAGAAUCUAUGUAGCGGUGUAUCCUAGGAGAUGUCAUUAACCUGCACUGGUGGAUGAAAUUCGAUGGACACCAGGCAGUAAUGACUGAUAAAGGGAAUCUGCUUCAUAUAGCUCAAUCUUAAACAAGGUUUUAUGGGAAAAUAUACUUGACACUGCAGCAAUGUUCUUGGGCUUAAUCAAUCCCAACACCAUUAUCCCUCAAUUGGCAGUGUUGUUGUUGUCACAAUGGUUUAUCUCAAUAUGGACUGGGCUAUUUGCCGUAGAAAAUGUAGGGAUUGGGGAGGUACUUAAAAGGUGCCCACUCUUUCAGGCAGUUUAGCUACACCGCAUCUAUUUCACAUUUAUGCUUAUAUAAACUAAAAUCCAUGUUUUAAUAAAUGACUUGAUAUCCAAGUAAAUAGGGAAGGGCCUGCAGGCACAUAGAUGCAAUGCAAAAUAACUGUAUAUAGUGGCUCUUUUGUGUUUGCAGUAAGGUAUACAAUUAUUAUUGUUCUCUAUGUACACAAAUCCAGGGAAUGGGCUCUAUAAUGCAACUAAUCUAUGGUAAUACUGUUACAACACAAGCAAUAUUGUGACUCGCAGAAAAUAAGUUGGUGGUGUGCCUGUGAGUUUAUAUAUAUAUAUAUAUAUAUAUAUAUAUAUAUAUAUAUAUAUAUAUAUAUAUGUAGAAAGGCUGUGGCACAUACUUACUUAGGCAAAACCCAGGUGCUAGUCAGAUAGAAGCCAUAUAACCAUACAGAAAGCUGACGCACACUGGGAUUUAUCAAAAAUAAAAACUUAUUUUAUUUGGAUCGACGUUUCGGUCCACAC